GGCGACGAUCUCCCGGCGGGCAGUGCGGCCCGGCUCUCGGGCGGUGCGAGUGCCACGUCCCAAGUGCUACGCGGAGGAGCCGGAGCGGGCGGAGCGCGGGGGGCGGGGAGCAGCGCAGAACCCGGCCCGGCUCACAGGAUCGCCCGCCGCCAUGGGCUCCUCGCAGAGCGUCGAGAUCCCAGGCGGGGGCACGGAAGGCUACCACGUCCUGCGGGUACAAGAAAAUUCCCCAGGACAUAGAGCUGGUCUGGAGCCAUUCUUUGAUUUUAUUGUUUCUAUUAAUGGUUCAAGAUUAAAUAAAGACAAUGACACUCUUAAAGAUUUACUGAAAGCAAACGUUGAAAAGCCUGUAAAAAUGCUUAUCUACAGCAGUAAAACACUGGAGCUCCGCGAAACCUCAGUCACACCAAGUAACAUGUGGGGUGGCCAGGGCCUGUUGGGAGUGAGCAUUCGUUUCUGCAGCUUUGAUGGGGCAAAUGAGAACGUGUGGCACGUGUUGGAAGUGGAAUCAAAUUCUCCUGCAGCACUGGCAGGUCUUCGCCCUCACAGUGAUUAUAUCAUUGGAGCAGAUACUGUCAUGAAUGAGUCUGAAGAUCUGUUUAGCCUCAUUGAAACACAUGAAGCUAAACCAUUGAAACUUUAUGUAUAUAAUACGGACACUGAUAACUGUCGAGAAGUGAUCAUUACACCAAAUUCUGCAUGGGGUGGAGAAGGCAGCCUAGGAUGUGGCAUUGGAUAUGGAUAUUUGCAUCGAAUACCUACUCGCCCAUUUGAAGAAGGAAAGAAAAUUUCUCUUCCAGGACAAAUGACCAGUACACCUGUCACUCCUCUUAAAGAUGGGUUUACAGAGGUCCAGCUGUCCUCAGUUAAUCCUCCAUCUUUGUCAACCCCAGGAACUACAGAAAUUGAACAGAGUCUGUCUGGACUCUCUAUCAGCUCCACGCCCCCAACUGUCAGUAAUGUUCUCAGUACAGGUGUACCAACAGUUCCAUUGUUGUCACAAGUAAACCAGUCCCUUGCGUCUGUGCCACCAAUGAACCCAGCUACUACAUUACCAGGUCUGAUCCCUUUCCCAGCAGGACUGCCUAACCUCCCCACUCUCCCCAACCUCAACCUCCCCACACCACACGUCAUGCCAGGUGUCAGCUUACCAGAGCUUCGGAACCCGGGUUUGCCACCUCUUCCUUCCUUGGCACCCCGAAACCUACCUGGCAUUGCACCUCUCCCCAUGCCGUCUGAGUUCCUCCCGUCAUUCCCUUUGGUUCCAGAGGUCUCUUCUGCAGCCACCCCGGGGGAGCUGCUGUCCUCCCUGCCCCCUGCCAGCAGCCUACCUGCUGACCCUGUCACCGCUGUCUCGGCAAAGGCCGAUGCUGCCCCCACACUCCCUGUGGAUGUGACGCUCCCCACGCCCAAGGCCCCCACCACUGUGGAGGACAGAGCCAGCGAGGUGGCCCCGGCCAGUGAGAAGCCCAUGUCUGAUGCGGUGACAGAUGCGAACGCCUCGGAGUCCCCUUCACUCUGAAGCAGUGCGUGCCGACCCAUGGAGCGCGUCUGGAAAUGCAAACCACCAUUAAUUUCAUACUAGUUUGUACUGUAUCUGUAGGCGUCCUGUAAAUAAUCGGAAGGGGAAAACUAAACGAGAGGACGAGGACGUGGGCUUCUAUCCUUCCCAGUCAGGGUGGGACUGGCAGGCCGGGGAGGGAAAGGUCAGAAAGCGCUUGUAUUUUAAAACAACCAAAAAAAAAAAUCUGUAAGAGUGGCUUGCUGCCAGGUUUCCACUGCCAUUCUCGGGUGUGCAUCUUUGGGGAAGGGGGGACAGGGCACUCGCGAGGCUCCCUGUCCCCGUGCUGCUCCUUCUGUAAGAAAAAGAGAUGUUUUAUGCCUAGUACUCACAUGCAACGUUUCUUGUAUUUUGUAAAUCCAUUUGCAAAGAAUGCAAACCGCCCGAAUGGACCGGGAAGGGAAAAAGA